AGAGGCUCUAAAGCCAGACCACUCGGCCAACGCGGCCCGAAAAGGUGACUUAGCCACCAGCAGAGCGGUCCGGGCUAUUUGAGAAACGGCAGUUGUCAGGAUGCUGAGGACCGUGGCAGGCGGCGCAGUGCGGACGCUGGCCGGCAGCAGCUGGCCCUCUGGCCUGCCCUCUGUGCUGCCCGUCCCAUCACGAAGUGCCUCUCCUUCGCAGAGCCCUGCAGAGGCCCAUUUCCAUUCGGCCUCCUCCUCAGAAGCUGGCUGUCCCCGGGUCUUGAUUACAGGUGGUCUUGGCCAGCUGGGACUGGGCCUUGCUAGCCUUUUGAGGAAACGAUAUGGGAAGGACAAUGUGAUACUGUCGGACAUAAAGAAACCCCCCAGUCACGUCUUCUGUAGUGGCCCCUUUGUGUACGCCAACAUUUUAGACCCCCAGAACCUCCGUGAGGUUGUGGUGAACCACCGCAUCACCUGGAUGCUGCACUACAGCGCUCUGCUCAGCGCCGUGGGCGAGGCAAACAUGCCCCUGGCCAGAGCCGUGAACAUCACUGGACUGCACAAUAUUCUGGACCUUGCAGAAGAAUACAAUCUGCGACUGUUUAUUCCCAGCACUAUUGGGGCUUUUGGAUCUACCUCUCCCCGGAACCGAACCCCUGAUCUCUGCGUCCAGAGACCCAGGACCAUCUAUGGGGUGUCCAAGGUCCAUGCGGAGCUCAUGGGGGAAUAUUACAAUUACCGCUCUGGACUAGACUUCCGGUGCCUGAGGUACCCUGGAGUCAUUUCCGCUGACUCCCAACCUGGAGGAGGAACAACAGACUAUGCCAUUCAGAUUUUCCAUGAUGCCGUGAAGACUGGCAAGUUCGAGUGCAACCUGAGAGCCAGCACCAGGCUCCCGAUGAUGUAUGUGGACGAUUGUCUCCGGGCCACCCUGGAGUUCAUGGAGGCCCCGGCUGAGUCCCUCUCCAUGCGAACCUACAACAUCACUGCCAUGAGCUUCACCCCAGAGGAGCUGGCUCAGGAGAUUGCCAAGCACGUGCCUGAGUUCCACAUCUCCUACCACGUGGACCCUGCCCGGCAGGCCAUAGCUGACAGCUGGCCCAUGAGCUUGGACGACAGCAUGGCUCGCAAGGACUGGGGGUGGAAGCACGACUUUGAUCUACCCGAGUUGGUGACGACUAUGCUGAACUUGCUCGGUUGCGACACAAGAGUUGCCCAAGCCAACUGAAGGCAUCGGAGGAGCAGCUUCCGGGUCCUCCCCGGCCACAAGGGACAGUGGUCGGUCAGGAGCCCAGGGAGCUGGUGCUCUUUGGAAUGGAGCAGAGAGCGGGCAGGGUGCCUCGAGGAUGGUGUUAGUUUUCAAAACUUUGUGAGUUAGGUGUGGGGACUUCAUGCAUAGUCUUUGCUGUGUGCCUAACCUGGUCCAAACACCCAUGCCAUGGAGGGAAGAUCAUCAGGGCAUAAUCAUGAUGAGUGACCCUUUCUGGAAAGAUGAAAGUGUGUGACAUUUGUGCUUACCUUACAUAUCAGCUGAAGGUUCCUUAAUCUCUUGACUACAGACAAAAGGUUACAUUUUAAAGGUUCUGAAGGUGUAUGUAGUAUCCUUCACUGUCUAUCAGAACACAAAAAUGUUCGAACGUGUUAAUCCUAUUUGCAGCAUGUUCAAGAG